AUGCAAAAGAAAUUGAAUGAAUUUAUGAACUCGGAUUUCACGUCUGAUUUGAACGGAACAAAUCAAUGUGUAACCGAAUUACAAAACAUCUUACUUGAAACAUCGAAAAAAAGUUUGAAAAUUAAAAAGAGCAAACGAAGAAGAAAAAUCACUAUCGUUGCUCAAAAGAAAUGGUUUGAUAAAGACUGUAGAAUCAAACGACAUGAUUUAAGGAAAUUAUCUAAUUUAAAACAUAGAGAUCCUACAAAUGUUGAACUUAGAAAAAACUAUCAUGAUGCCUUGAAAUCAUAUAAGUAG